GACGAGCAGGUGUCCACAUACUUCUGGUCAUACAGUGUACCUCUGGGCAAGCUAGUGCGUCUAACAAUCUCGCAUGUUCAUUGGUUUAGCUACCAAAUGUAGUCAGAGAAUCUCAUUGGACAAUGGAUUUCGCGGGAGCUCUGUAGGGCGCAUGCGUUCUUCACUGUCAAAUUUCCAGCGCGCGGAAUUGUACAAGGAGAGGAGUCGCAGUGAAUACUUUUUACACGUUGUAUUGUCUUGCCACCUGUUUAAACAUUAUUUUGUCCUACAACGUAAGGUAACGGCACCAUGUGGAACCAAGGUGAGUUUGUCUUUGUAGCAAUGUUUUUUAUGGCUGUCAAGAAUAGUCCAAAAGCUCUGCCUAGUUGUUGUAAAUAACGUUAGCUAGCGUUAUCUUGCUAGCUAGUGAGUCCUGUUUUGUUGUGCAAAGUUUGGGCGCCUAGCUGGUUACAGUAGCUGACUUGGCCGUAUUUCUUCUGUAAACUAAAAUGCACCGACCUUUUAUUCGUACAGUAACUACUGUAGUUAUGUAGCUACAUGGCAACAGGAAACAACAGUAGCUAACGUUAGCUAGGUAACUAACUAGCUAGCUAGUGUUUUUGUCAGCUAGCUAUUUGGCUCGCUAGUUAACGUUGUGUGUAGUCUCCAUCAAUCAGCUAACGUUACCUAGCUAGUAAUGCAAGCUUGGUACCAUGGUUUUAGCCAAACAGUGGAUUGCUGCUGCAGUUGCCUCAUUGUCUGUCAUUUAAUGUAGGGGGAUCAUACGGUGAAUCAAACAUGGGUGGUGGAUACACUCAGUCACCGGGAGGAUUCGCGUCACCAGCUGCCUCCCAGGGAGGAGAGAAGAAAGGGGUCUGUAUUUGUCACUUUCACCAACUCCAUAUGUUACACAGUUAGGGAACUGCUAGUGGAAAAGGUCUGUCAUCGUAAUAUUAGCAGCUUAGCCUAUGGGCAACAGUUAAAUAAUAGCUAGACAGACGGUAAACAUACCCAUCCCCACGCACUAUUGUGUCUGCCAUUGUGUUUUAUUUAUUUUUGUGGGAUGAAGUUGGCUUAAUGUGAAUUACUCAGACUGACCUGUGUAUGUAUAUUUACAGAGACAACGUGCCCAACAGAUUGUCCCCUGCACAGUGUCCCAGCUCAUGUCUGCUGCCCAAGCAGAGGAUGUCUUCAGAGUGGGAGAGGUAGAGGUUGCCCAGGUAACCCAAAUUAUAUCUGUAAAUAUGAGGAUGGUGGUCAUUGUGUUGGUUUGUGGUGCAUUGCGAUAUAGUGACUCAUAAAGACUGAUUAGGAUUAUAAUCUUCCACGUACAAAUGAAAUGUGUAAGGAGUGCAUUGGUAUCCCAUGACAUUAUUCUCUUUUUGUGUGCUAGGUUACCAUUGUGGGCAUCAUCAGAACCACUGACAAAUCCAUGACCAACAUCCAGUACAAAGUCGAUGACAUGACAGGGGCCCCUAUGGACGUGAAGCAGUGGGUAGAUACGGAGGUGAGUCUCAUCAGGGCAACUAAGGCCGCUAAGUACUAGGAUCAGCAAGGAUAUACAGUACAGUCAACACUUGCAGUAUAAUUUCCAAAUAACAUUCAAUUAACAGAUAUUUUGUGACAUCAGGCUACGCUCAAAUAGGAGUCCAACUGCUAACUCUUCUCACCUAUUCUUCUGUCCUGCUGUCUCUCCUCACUCCAUAGGAUCCCAGUGUGGACAGCACUGUCAUCCCCCCAGGCACUUACGUCAAGGUCUCUGGCAAUUUGCGUUCCUUCCAGGUGAGGUCAUCAUCCCCACAAAACGACAUGCCUUAAUCUAUUGGUCAUAUCACAGCCUUGACCACAUCAUUCUACACAUGGUUUUUAAAAUAUGUUUUCAAACAAUGGAGAACUUCUAUGUGUAACCUGAGAUUUUAUAUGCAUCUAGGGCAGAGUUGCCUCUGGCAUUUUGAUUCACAAAUGUAAACUACACCCAUGCCAGUGGCGGUCGGUGCCGUUUUAAGAUUAGGGAGGAGGAUUCAUUUUUUUGAGUAUGGCCUUAUUUCUAUUACAGAAUAUUGGAUGACUUUAAUUCAUAUUCCAUUCACCCAGCUCAAUGUAUCAUCGAUAGGUUUAGGCUACUACAUGAUAUGCAAAUUUACCCUAUACCCAUCAUGAGGUUGCUACAAUCUAGCCUACAAAUGAACGUUUAUAACGUAGGUACACAUUUACAUUUUAGUCAUUUAGCAGACGCUCUUAUCCAGAGCGACUUACAGGAGCAAUUAGGGUUAAGUGCCUUGCUCAAGGGCACAUCGACAGUUUUUUCACCUAGACGGCUCGGGGAUUAGAACCAGCGACUUUUCGGUUACUGGCACAACGCUCUUAACCACUAAGCUACCUGCCACCAUAUGAAAUGAGUGGGGAUACAGAGACGGGGAUUCAAAGGCACUUAAAUAUUUUGUCUUGCCAUUCAGAGGGUGAAUGGGCAAGACAAAAUAUUUAAGUGCCUUUGAACAGGGUAUGGUAGUAGGUGCCAGAAGCACCGGUUUGUGUCAAGAACUGAAUUGAGGCUGUACUUAGGGCAAAAGUGGUGGUGCAACUCAAUAUUAAGGUGUUCUUCAUGUUUUGUACACUCAUUGUAUAGCUAGCUCCCUCUCUCUCUGCUUCUGCUGCUUCUCCUUAAUUUUUGAAUAAUUUUAAUUUGUUCAAACUGUUCAACUAUUUUCUUUCUCGAUCUUUGAGUCAACUAUUCAUCACACUUAAUGAACUGCAGUGCUAGCUAGCUGUAGCAUAUGGUUUCAGUACUAGAUUUAUUCUUUGCUCUUUUGAUUAGAUGUACAACAUGUCAGUUUAUGCUGCAAGAGCUUUGAUAGGUUGGAGGAUGUCCUCCGGAAGUUUUCAUAAUUACUUUGUAAGUCUAUGGAAGGGUGUGAGAACCAUGACCCUCCUAGGUUUUGUAUUGAAGUCAAUGUACCCAGAGGAGGACGGAAAAUAGCUGUCCUCCGGCUACACCAUGGUCCUACCCUAGAGUGUGCUGUUGAGGCUACUAUAGCCCUUCAUUGCAAAACAGUGUGUUUUAAUCUGUUAUUUGGUGAUGUGAAUAUAUUUAGUAUAGUUUUAUCUCAAAUGGAUAACUUUUUUAAAUGUUUCACUGAUUUUAUUUUAUUAUUUUAUUAAAUUCACUGAGUGGGAUGGUGCUCCCUUCUCUGAGGAGCCUCCACUGACCCAUGCAAAUGCUUUCAGGUCAUCUGAAAGUGUGCAUUGCCCAUUCAGUCAUGUGUCUCUCUCUCUCUCUGUGUCUGAUGCACUGAUUGUGGGUGUUUGUGUGUAACUUCCUGUCUUCAAUAGAACCACAGGUCUGUGGUGGCGUUCAGCGUCCGGCCCCUAGAGGACAUGAACGAGAUUACCUCCCACAUGCUGGAGGUGGUGCAGGCACACCUACUGCUCAGCAAACCACAGACUAUUAUGGUGAGAACCUCCUUCACACAUGACAAAGAGCACCAGGGCCUAAAAUUAACACCUGCCAAAUGCGGGUAGAUUUGAGUAUUGGCGGGUAAGAUGCCUAUUUCACCAGCCACGUUGGUGGGUGGUCAGGGCUCCACACUGAGCAUUUCACUCGCAUUUGUUAAUAAAAAGUCAAGUAUGAUCACAUUUAUAGCAAAAUAAAUGCUGCAGUAGCUGUUUUCAAAGUAUUUCUGCCAUUUUGUUUCAUAGCUGGUAAUCGCACAAAGUCAAAGAACUACGAAUCCUAUAGCCUAUCCCACUUUGAGCUGCAACACUGUCUAUCUAGGGGCUGUGUCCAUGAAGAGCUUAGUGAAAGAUUGUUUUUUUUUAAAGCGCUGUGCACAGGCAUAAAAGUUGGUCUAAUUUACUUGAAUCGGAAGUCUGCUGCUGUGAGACUUUGUCCUUGUGUUUCUUGGCAAUUUACAUUGUUUUGUUCGCAAGCUAGGUUGUUUUUCAAUGUUUGAGUUUCAACUGCUAGGGAAAAGAAGACAACACGGCUAUUAGUCAGACUCUGAAUCUCAGACACAUGACUCUCAAGUUGCGUUACCACGGUAACCUCCCGCCCUUAAAGGGGCAGGUGAACAUCUGUGAUAUUUUGGUUAACACUCGGGUCACAAAAAAUGAUAUGAAAUUAAACAAUAUACCACAUUAGUUCUUACUAGUAAUACAUUUAAUGUUUUUAGAAACAUUACAAAGCAUGCGCAUGUAAUUUUAGGGGGGUGAAAUAUUUUGGCUGGUAAAACAGUUAGUGUCUGGUAGAUUUUUAAAUCAAAAAGUACAUUUUAGGCCCUGAAGAGCACCACUAUGCCUGAAUAUUUGACUAUUUCCCACCUGUCCGCUCUGUGACUACUGUUAUACAAGUUGGCCUUGGCCCAUCUGCCACGUAUUUAAGUGGAGAUGAAAGAAUCAUUAAACUUAGCUUUGAAUAAGGCCAUUCAACCUCAGUAAUGCCACAAUCAGCUGCUUGUGCUUUUUAUGAAUAUAAGUAUUGUUUUGAGUCUUUUCCUGCGUGGCACCACUCACACACAGUUUUGGUUCCCUUUUAAGAUGGGCGGAGGAGGGGGAAUGAACACUAGCAUGGUGCCCAUGUCACGGCCGGGAAUGGGUGGCAACAUAGGAGGUGGAUACUCGGGUGCCAACGACAUGUCCGCUAACGGCCUGAGCCCGAGCCAGAACCAGGUGAGUCUGCAAUGGACUAAAGAAAAGCGCUGGUAACAUUAAAUACACUUUUUUCAGGACCCUGUCUUCCAAAGAUAAUUCGUAAAAAUCCAAAUAACUUCACAGAUCUUCAUUGUAAAUGGUUUAAACACUGUUUCCCAUGCUUGUUCAAUGAACCAUAAACAAUUAAUGAACAUGCACCUGUGGAACGGUCGUUAAGACACUAACAGCUUACAGACGGUAGGCAAUUAAGGUCACAGUUAUGAAAACUUAGGACACUAAAGAGGCCUUUCUACUGACUCUGAAAAACACCAAAAGAAAGAUGCCCAGGGUCCCUGCUCAUCUGCUUGAACGUGCCUUAGGCAUGCUGCAAGGAGGCCUGAGGACUGCAGAUGUGGCCAGGGAAAUAAAUUGCAGUGUCCGUACUGUGAGACGCCUAAGACAGUGCUACAGGGAGACAGGACGGACAGCUGAUCGUCCUCGCAGUGGCAGACCACGUGUAACAACAUCUGCACAGGAUCGGUACAUCUGAACAUCACACCUGUGGGACAGGUACAGGAUGGCAACAACAACUGCCCGAGUUACACCAGGAACGCACAAUCCCUCCAUCAGUGCUCAGACUGUCCGCAAUAGGCUGAGAGAGGCUGGACUGAGGGCUUGUAGGCCUGUUGGAAGGCAGGUCCUCACCAGACAUCAACGGCAACAACGUCGACUAUGGGCACAAACCCACCGUCGCUGGACCAGACAGGACUGGCAAAAAGUGCGCUUCAGUGGUAGAAUAAACAAUAAGUAGCCUAAACGCACCGACCAUACCAAUUAGAAAGUAAAACCGCACACCUUACCUGUUACCAGGUGAAUGGAGAAAAAAGUGUACUUUUAUUUAAAAAAAAUCCUGCACACUGGUUGUCUACAUGAUAUCAACAUUAAUUGGGUCUCAUUCAAUAUCAGUUUGUCUUUUAAUAAAAAAAUCCUUACCAAACAUACCAUACUGCCAUCUGUAGGACAAGAGUUGUUCUACAUAUGAUUGGCACAAUAUUCUAUAUGAAUGAUUAUGUUAUGCUCAUGUCCUCUCAUAAGGUGCUGAGCUUGAUAAGGAGCUGUCCAGACGCACAGGGUAUCAGCAUACAGGAUUUGAAGCAGAGACUCAGCGGCAUGAGCUUGGCUGUCAUCAAGUAAGACAUUCCCUUCCCUUCGUCCUCAAAUCAGGCUCUGAAGUUCUUGAUAUGCUUGAAUGUGUUCUGUUUGACCACAACAGUGGUUGUGUUCUGCAGGGCACAACGUUGGCCAGCAUUCAGAUACAAAUAUUUUAUAGAACAAACAUACAUUUCUGGGAUGUAGAAUAAGUAAUAUUGGCUCUAUUCAUUGCAUUUCUUUCUGCAACGUUCAACAUUUGCCUACUGAACGUGACCCAGUGCACUCUCAUGUGCAAGGCAUAACAGAGUAGACUGCAUAAUUAAGCAUGCUGCAAUGGCACCAUUCUCACUGUCCUUUGUCUAAUCAUAGGCAAGCAGUGGAGUUCCUCAGCAACGAAGGACACAUCUUCUCCACCAUUGACGAGGAUCACUUCAAGUCUACGGACAAUGACGACUAAAGCAUCUCUCCAUUCCCUGUUAGCACUAAGAAUAAGACAAUAGAACCUGUAGUCAUUCAUGGAACAGUGACUCAUAAUGAGGAACAUCAAGGGAUGUGUCUAUAUAAUCCUGAGGGUUUCUGUGAAAUGAGACCUUGGUUUGACUGACAUGGUUGCCAGUGUUCACACAUCCUGUUUCAACUUCUGUUAAUGAUACUACAGUAAGAGUGGGUGCAUCACAGUCAAAUGGCUUUUCUCACAGUGAAUGCAAUCUAAGAGUGACUGACCUGUUCUCUG